AUGACCACCACCACCUCAAACGUCUCUACUCCCGCCAACGGCGAGGCGCCCCCUGUCGCUUCGCACGAAGUCGGCAUGAUGUUUGUCCACGAAUAUUACACCUUCUUGAACAAGGAGCCCUCGCGUCUUCACUGCUUCUACAAUAAACAAUCGACCAUGAGCCACGGCAUUCAGGGCGAGGAUACCGAAGACAUCCACGCCAAGAUUCUUGCUCUGGAUUUUGAGGACUGCAAGGUCUUGGUCAGCAACGUCGACAGCCAGACCUCGUUGGACGGAGGUAUCAUGAUCCAGGUCCUCGGAGAGAUGUCCAACAGGGGCGGUCCUUCCCAGAAGUUCGUCCAGACCUUCUUCUUGGCUCAGCAGCCCAAGGGUUUCUACGUCCUGAAUGACAUUUUCCGUUACCUCAAGGACGACUCCGAGAUCGAGGCUGAGGUAGUCGACGAGGAACAGCAGCAGCAGGUGGAGCCUGAGGUCGCCAACCCUCCCCUUACUUAUGAGCCCGAGAUCGCCCCUGCUCCCAUCCCUGAACCCGAGAUCGCCAUCUGCCCUCCUGCUCCUGCUCCCUCUGAGCCUAAGAUCGCCAUUUGCCCUCCUGCCCCCGAGCCUGAGGUUGUUAUUUGCCCUCCUGCCCCCGAGCCCGUAGUUGAGGAGAAGAAGCCCGCCGUCGAGGAGAAGAAGACUGAGAAGAAGCACGAGCACAAGAAGCACGACAAGAAGGGCGACAGGAAGGAGACCAAGAAGGAUGCCGCCAAGAAGGAGGCUGAGGUCGCUGAGAAGUCCAAGACCCCUGAGCCCACUAAGAAGCAGAACGGUGCUCCCGCUGCUGCUCCCGCUGAAAUUGCUGCACCCGUCGCCGAGGCUCCCGCCCCCGUUGUCGAGGCUCCCGCCCCUGCCCCCGUCCCUGCUGGUCCUCCCAAGCCCAAGACUUGGGCCAACUUGGCUGCCAAAGACUCGGACCAGUGGGGUUCCCAGGUCUCUGCUGCCAAAGGAUCUUCCGUCAAUAUUCCCCAGCCUGCUGCCCCCAAGCCCCAGGUUGUGUCCCAGCCCAAGCCCCAACCCCAACCCCAGCAGCAGCAGCAGCAGGGUGCCCCUCACAAGGUCAACGGCCGUGACGAGUUCUUCCCCAUCUAUGUCAAGAAUAUCUCCGAUAAGAUUUCCGAGGAGCAGUUGCGUGAGGCUAUGAGCAAGUUUGGUAUCGUCAAGGGUCUUGACUUUACCAAGCAGAGAAACUGCGCUUAUGUCGACUUUACUACCGCCGACGCCAUGAACGCCGCCUUGAAGCAGAACAAGGUCGCUGUCGGAUCCGAGUUUGUCUAUGCCGAGGAGCGUCGUCCCCGUCCCACCUUCCAGAACCGCCCCCCUCCUCACUUCCAGAACGGAAACGGAGGCACCAACGGACACCAGGGACCCCAGGGUGGUCACCGUGGCGGCCGUCCCGCUCGCGGAGGCUUCCAAGACCGCAAGCCUAUCCAGAGACCUGACAAGCCUGCCCCCACUGUCGCCGUCAACUAA